AUGAGAUACUGGAGUAGUCGCCCGAAUAAAAGCUUUGGUGGAGGUCUUCAAGUUUUCAUAUCCCUUAAUAUCGCAUUCUUGAGAGCCCUAAUCCAUCAGGGUCGUGUGCUAGCGGUGGCCCCGAAUUUUUCUGCUGCCCAUAUCCCCCAAAGCUUUACUGGCAAAUCGAUAAAUACAGAUUCAACGUCUGAAUCUCAUACUCUGGGAAGGGUAGAAGAUCGAUUCGAAGAUAACUAUGCGCUGCCAGACCUUGAAGCUAGGGUCCGCAUACCACGUCCAAGUUACCUCAUCGCAGAACGUUUAACUGUUGAGUGUCCUUCCGCCAGGCGUGUCUUGGAACAAGGUCCCAUGCCAAUUCCUGAAAGUAAUAAUGGAAUAGGACGUCAUAAAAUGGAAGCUAUUCACGAUAUUAUGGUGAGCUUCGAGACACGUCUGGAUCUUGUCCGCUCGUACCAUGAAGGUUGCCGGGGAUGUCGCUGCAAUCAAGAAACUGGGAUCAUUUCAUCAGGAGGGGACUGGAAUCGACUUAAGGCGGAACGCGGGGCAGGUAGAAAAGGCCCCCUCUGCUACGGUUCAAAAUUCGCCAAUGGGUGUGCUUUUGUCUUUAAGUGCUAUUGCACAGCGCCGCUGCGCACGGAGUUUUCCAGUACUCAGGUGCCAGGGGUAUGGCGGACUGUUCACGACAUUCAACAAGCCUUGGAUGAUUUACCUCAUACGGUUAGGUAUGACCCAAGGAAUGAGGGCUGGAGGGCACAAAUCCCAACAUUUACCGACACGAAUGGCCGGGGAGACUUUAGCCUCCGGGAAGGUCUUUUUAUUCUGGAUUCAAACGACCGUCCCAUUGAUGGAGGCGACCUUGUUGUGAACGAUCAACUUGGCCAAAGUCAAGAUUCCAAUGAUGAUGAGCCUUUCAUGCUCUUUGGGGCUGAAGAAGAUGACUAUUAUUGGAGGCGAAAUCCCCUGUGGAACGGGAAUGACUUUGGGCCAGGAGGAUCUGGUGGGCCGGGAUCGAUUAGUAAAAGAGAUUUCGUAACAGAGAGCACGGCAGCGGACGAGGUUCUGCAAGGCGUCACAGCAGUCCAACGUUCGGCCAAAUUUAAGAAAGGCUGGGCUAGCUAA